CCCUCAUUUCCACCAGCCUCCGUCUAGGGUUUUCCCUUUCUCCUCCGCUAGCUCUUCACUUCAGAAGUAGGGGUUAAAGUGACGGCGCAGCCUCGCUGUCCGCCUUGACCAAGCCGAUCGCUUAGUCUUGGCCCUCAGUUUUGCUACCUCGCCUCUGUUUCUGUUGUUGUAAUUCUCAGUAGGAGCUUAGUAGCUUUGCUAACCAGCAUCAAUGGCGGUGAAAACAUCGAAGGCGGAAAAGAAGAUCGCGUACGACGCGAAGCUGUGCCAGCUCCUCGACGAGUACAGCCAGAUCCUCAUCGUGGCCGCCGACAAUGUCGGAUCGAACCAGCUGCAGAACAUCAGGAGUGGUCUCCGCGGCGACUCUGUCGUGCUCAUGGGGAAGAACACCAUGAUGAAGAGGUCCAUCAGGAUGCACGCCGAGAGUACCGGGAACAAUGCCUUCCUCAGCCUUAUCCCCCUCCUCCAGGGCAAUGUGGGUUUGAUCUUCACCAAGGGUGAUUUGAAGGAAGUCAGUGAGGAGGUGGCAAAGUACAAGGUUGGAGCUCCUGCUCGUGUUGGGCUCGUUGCUCCUAUUGAUGUGGUCGUCCCUCCUGGCAACACCGGUCUCGACCCAUCCCAGACCUCUUUCUUCCAGGUUCUCAACAUCCCGACCAAGAUUAACAAGGGAACUGUCGAAAUCAUCACCCCUGUGGAGCUCAUCAAGAAGGGCGAAAAGGUGGGGUCUUCUGAGGCUGCCCUCCUGGCGAAGCUUGGGAUCAGGCCAUUCUCGUACGGUCUCAUUGUCCAGUCUGUUUACGACAAUGGGUCCGUCUUCAGCCCAGAGGUGCUUGACCUGACCGAGGAUGACCUUGUGGAGAAGUUUGCUGCUGGUGUGUCGAUGGUCACAUCCCUGGCCCUCGCCAUCUCGUACCCGACCCUUGCUGCUGCACCCCACAUGUUCAUCAAUGCCUACAAGAAUGUCCUGGCUGUUGCUGUGGAGACUGAGUAUUCGUACCCACACGCUGAGGAAGUCAAGGAGUACCUCAAGGACCCGAGCAAGUUUGCUGUGGCUGUUGCAGCAGCUGCUCCAGUUGAUGGUGGUGCUGCUCCUGCCGCUGCCAAGGAGGAAGAGAAGAAGGACGAGCCAGCUGAAGAGUCCGACGACGACUUGGGUUUCGGCCUAUUUGAUUAGUGUUUCUGCUAGGUUUAAUACUACAGGAUGUUUUCUGUUUGUUUUGUGGAUUGAUAUGUUCAGGUCAUGUUUAUUUUCCCCCGACUGAAGAAUAUGUUUUACUCUUUCGUAUUGAGUAUAAUGUUUUUGAGUAUUUUAGUUUAAACACUGUUCUGUCAUUUUUAUUGUUAUAUAGUUGAGCUCUAAUUCAA